AUUGACCAGGCGAAGAUGCAAACAACCUUGGAAUACAGCCGAACUGCUGAAACGUUUGGCAGCUGGGCAAAUGAAGCUUAUAUGUGCGGGAGUAGGCGCGAGUCGCUGCCUGGUUCUGCGAUUUCGCAAGGCCAACAUCCUGCUGGACUGUGCCGUGCCUCUGGACUCGGCGCUGUAUGCGGCCGCUGGUGCGGGCGAGGGGUCGGCGGGCGGUGACGCCGACACGGCAGUGCUCGGCGGGAGCCCCGGCCCACACCCACAGUCGCCCACCACCGGUCCGGCUGGCAGCGGCUUGCUGGACCUCACGCCCUUCCUGCCGCUGCUGCAUACUCUGGAGCUGCAUGCCGCGCUGAUCAGCAGUGCAGAGGCCCUUCUGGCGCUGCCCCUCCUGCUCACACAGCCCUUGCCGGAGCCCGCGCCUGGAACACAGCACCUAGAGCGGGUGCAGAAGCCAGAACCGCAGACGCAUCCUCCUGCCAUCACUACUGUUAACGGUGAUGUACAUGAUGUGGCAGCAGCAGCACCGGAAGGCAGUGUCGGCCCUCGCUCCACCGGACGCAGCAACGGAGCAGGGAUAGGAAGCCCUCAAAGGGGGAAGGGCGGGGAGGCGGUGGGGGCAGCAGAGUGGGUGCCGGGCAGCGGCGCCGCGUGGCACCAUGUGGGUUUCCUCCGCGGCCCCAUCUACGCCACCCAGGCGGCCAUUGACGCCGCGGAGCAGCUCGUGGCGGAACGCUGGGCGGCGCAACGCGCCGCCGCCGCCGCCGCCGCCGCCGCCGCACGAAACGGCACAAGUGGCCAGGGUUUUAAGACACACACAGAAGCAGCUCAAGAGGAGCAGGCCUACAACCACAAGGACACAGGGGAUCUGCGAACCAACAGCAAGGGGGCUGCUGGGCUGCCGUCGGCAGCCGACCUAGGGCUCUGGGACCUGCCAGACCGGCAGGUGGGGCUGCUGGCAGGCAGCUGCUGGCGGCGCCGCCCCUCGCUGGCUGCCGUACGGUACGUGCUGGAUCGUGUACGGCCAGUGCGGUAUGGCCAGGUCGUACCGCUGGACGACUACGAGCUGACGGCGACGCCGUACCCGUGCGGCAGCGGCUUCGGCCACGCGGCGUGGCAGGUCAUGGAUGGCGCCGAGCGCUGCCGCACGGUGCUGUACCUGCCCAACGCGGCGCCCACACACGCCUUCGCGCCGCCGCUGCCGCUGGCCCUGCUCCGCCAGCCCGAUGCGCUGCUGCUGGCCCCGCACAUGUUGGCCGCCGCCGGCCCGGCCCCCGGCCCGCCGCCGCCUGCGCCGCCGCCGCCGCCGGCGAGGCCGGGUCUGGCUGGCAUCAAGGAGGCGGUGCUGGGUGCGGUCAUGGGCGGCGGCGUGGCGUUGCUGCCGGUACAUCCCACCGGCGACACCGCUUGGGAGCUAUUGGAGGCUCUGGCGGCCUCGCUGGCCUCAGCCGACCUGGCUGACAGCGUGCCGCUGGUGUAUGUGGGGCCGCGCGCCCGCACUAGCCUGGCGCUGGCAUCCGUGUCGCUGGAGGCGCUGGGGCCGGACCGCCGCGCGGCCGUGUACCGGCCCGCGCACCCGUUCGCGUUUGACACUCUGCUCAAGUCGGGGAAGCUGGUGGUGGGCGGCUCUCUGGCGGACUCCGAGGUACGGCGGCGCCUGGGGCCGGAGCAGCACGGGCAGCAGGCGGAGGAGCAGCGGCCGCGGCCGGCGGUGGUGCUGGUGUCGGCGGACUCACUGCUCCAUCCAGGAGACACGUGGGAGCUGCUGAGGCGGCUGGGCCCCGACCCAUGCAGCGUGCUUAUCCUGCCGCACGCCGCCGCGCCCGCCGCACUGCGCGGCAUUCGCCGCAUCUACGCCCAGGCAGCCGCGGCCGCGGCCGCCGAUCAUGCAUCACAGUCGUCAGGACCAGGCUCCUUACCAGCAAACCCCCGGCUCGCGGAGCCACCGCCGCAGCAGCCACUGCGCAUGCGGCUGCUGCACCUGCCGCUGCACGGCGCCGGCGCCUCGCCCGGCCCCAGCCCCGCGAUCAUGCUGGAGCUGCUUCAGCUGCUACAGCCCCGGCAUCUGCUGCUCAGCAGCCGCGACCACGAGCUGCUACAGCAGGCCGCGCUAAUGCGGCAGCAGCAGCACUUGCUACAGCUUCCGCCGCAGCCGCAGCCUCAAGGAGGGAGCGCAGCCCUGCCGCCUCAUGUGCCGGCACCGGCAAUUCAGCUGGCGCGGGAGAGUGUCGUGCCGUACGGCUGGCUGAGCCAGGUGGCAGUGUCGCUGCCGCGCAACGUCCACAGCGCCCUCAUAUCGCCCGACUUGUUGGCUCGGCUGCAGUGGCUGGGCGCUGGGCCAGGGCUGCAGGUGGCCCGGCUGAACUGCGUGCUGGUGUUCCGGGGCGGGGCCUGGCACGCCGACCCUGUGCCAGGCAGCGCCACCUCUGCAGACAGUGUGGCGGCGGCUGUAGCGACAGCUGCCGGCGGCGCCGUGGCGGCGGAUCAGCUGCUGCUGCUUGCGGCACCAGGGCAGGCGGCGGCACAAGCUGCAUCCCUCGGGAGUGGGGCAGGAGGCGCAGGCGCAGGGGCAGGAGGCGAUGCCGCGGCCGCGCCUGCAGUGAAGGUGGAGGCCGCAUCGUGGGCGCCGGGCCCAGAGCUAGGGCCGCUCCUGGCCCCGCUGGCGGAGCGCGGUGUCACACACGUUGGCGUGGAGGCGGAUGGCGAGGUGACACGGCUGGUGGUAAGCGGCACAGAUGCCAGCCUGGAGCUGCGCCGCGGUAGCGCGCACAUCCACACCGCCUGCCCGGUGCUGCGGCAGGUGCUGACUGACUGCCUCAUGCGCCAGCUCACUGCGAUCUAGCAUUCAUCUAGCGCGACGGGGUUUCAUUUCUCUUCCGUUGAUCCUGGUGAAUCGCAAGAUAGGUCGGCUAUAAAAGGGGCUGAGCGUUGUUGUUGACCAAGAGGCUGUGGUUGCUGUUUGGUAGGCCUUGUGCGGUUGCUGUUGCACAGGCGUCUGGGCGCGUGCUGUCUGGUGGUUGUGCGGGCCUGAGGGACCCACACGGCACGAUGGCCUGCACGGGCGAGCGAGACGUCAUGUCAGACUGCCGAGUUGCGUCUUUGUAGCAGGAACGCCGGUGAAAGGACUGAAUACUAGCCAGAGACUGCUUACUACGUUCCGCAGGGUCUGUGAAGGAUUUACCCACCACAGUCUGCGCCUGGGCUGCUUGUACUGGAAUGUACCCAACCCUCAAAUCUCGGAC